CUUCCGGGUCGGGGAGCGCGCGGCGGUAGUUGCGGCGGCGGCGGCGGUCGGGCCUAGUCGUGUUCCCGCUCGGGCCCGCGGCGGGAGCGUCCCGGGAGCGUCCGGGUGGCACGAGGUUCCCGGAGUUGACUCCAAUGUGCAGCAAUGGAUGACGACAGCUUGGAUGACCUUGUGGCCCAUAGCCCUGGGCCUGAUGGAUGCCUUCAAGUUAAUCCCUUGGAAUUGGCCAGUGAUGCUGAAGACAGCAGAGAUGGCCACAGUGGGGACUUGGAAGAUGACACAGGCAGUGAGCAGGAAGAUGACACAGAUGGGGAGGACUCAGAAGGGCUGUCUGAAGAGGAAGACCCAGAAGACAGAUCUGGUUCUGAAGAUUCAGAAGAUGGAGUAGAAACUUCAGUGGCAGCAGUGGGGACUCAGGGAAAGCUCGAAGCCAGCACUGCACUCAGUUCGGAUGAUGAUGCAGAGAACUGUCCCAUUUGCCUCAAUGUGUUUAGAGAUCAGGCCGUGGGCACACCCGAGACCUGUGCCCACUACUUCUGCCUGGACUGCAUCGUCGAGUGGUCCAGGAAUGCCAACUCCUGUCCAGUUGAUCGAACAAUAUUUAAAUGUAUUUGUAUUCGAGCCCAGUUUGGUGGUAAAGUUUUAAAGAAGAUUCCAGUGGAGAACACCAGAACAUGUGAAGAGGAGGAGGAAGAUCCAACCUUUUGUGAGGUGUGUGGCAGGAGUGACCGUGAGGACCGGCUCCUACUUUGUGAUGGCUGUGAUGCUGGGUACCACAUGGAAUGUUUAGAACCCCCACUCCAGGAGGUGCCUGUGGAUGAGUGGUUCUGCCCAGAGUGUACGGCUCCUGGUGUUGCCCCCACCCAUGACACAGAUCCUGUGAGUGACGAGGAGGUCUCCCUACUGCUUGCCGACGUAGUGCCCACCACCAGCAGGCUGCGGCCCCACAUAGGCAGGACCCGGGCCAUUGCCAGGACACGGCAGAGCGAGCGAGUAAGGGCCACUGUAAACCGGAACCGGAUUUCCUCUGCCAGAAGAGUCCAGCAUGUACCAAGGUACCUUCUGUCUUCUUUGUUGGAUGAGACUAUUGAGGCCGUAGCCACUGGUCUGAGCACUGCUGUGUACCAGCGCCCCCUGACACCUCGUGCCCCUGUGAAACGGAAAAGGAAGGCAGGGAGACGAAAGAAGGUGUUAGGAAGAAAGAAAACCCGGUCCAGGUCGUCUGUGAAAAGUCAGAGUGGAGGAACCAGAGCCAGGAAGCGCCAGCGCCGCGUGAGAAAGGCGAGAGUGAGGGUGCUAAAGAAUGAAGUCACAGCUCGUUCUCGCAUUGCAAGGACACUAGGCCUCCGCAGGCCUGUCCAUGGUGCCAGCAUGCCGUCUGUGUGCAAGCCAGUGGACCCCUCUCUGGGACUGAUGAGGUCAGAUAUUGGAGCUGCUCCUCUGUCACUGUUUGGCGACCCCUACGAGCUGGACCCUUUUGACAGUGAAGAACGGUCUGCAGAUCUGCCUUCCCCUCUGAGUGCCAAGAGGAGGGUUUUGUCUCACUCAGCCCUGCAGUCUCACCAGCCUGUGGCCAGGCCCGUCGCCAUGGGGCUUUCUAGAACGCAGCUCCCUGCAGUGGCCCCCGAGCCCAAUGUAGAGGAGGCCCCCGUCCCUGACCUGCUGGGGAGCAUCCUGUCAGGACAGAGCCUUCUGAUGAUGAGCAGUGCUGACAUCGUCAUCCAUCGGGAUGGCUCUCUCAGUGCCAAGAGGGCAGCCCCUGUUUCUCUUCACCGAAACUCUGUGACUUCAUCCAAAGGGGAAGAAGGGUCCAGGCCCAGAGACAACCUGCAGCCUGGGAUACCACCAUCAGGGAGUCCAUCCAGUGGACUCACAGGUGGCAGGUCACAGAGCUCAAGGAUAAACUAUGGGGAUAGGUCAGCCACAAGCUGUGUCCCUAACUGCACAGUGGGGGCACCUAUGAGGCUGGACUCAUCAGCCACACCUAGGUCAACUCAGGCUCUGAACUUAACCAAUGGGAGCAGGUCUAGCUUCCCACAGAGUAAGAGCCCCUGUGGCACCAAUAUGCAGUCUCUGCCUCUUGGUUCUGCUUCAUCUAAGAUACCCAGCAGCCAUUCUAAAUCUCCAACCGGAAUAGCAGUCCUCAGGCAGCCCCUGAAAACAUCUCCCAGGAGAGCUGAUAUCUCAGAGCUUCCCAGGAUACCAAAGAUCCGCAGGGAUGGCAGUGGCACCAGACAGGACCUGGCCCCAGCCCAUGGGCAGAAUGUAGAGCUCCCCAGCACCUGCAUCAGCCGCCUGACAGGCAGGCAGGGCCCUGGGCAGCCAGGGCGAGGCCGGGUAGAGAGAGAGCCCAGCAGCAGGGCCCCACAAGAGCCUGGCUCCCACACAGGUGGCUCUCGGCCUUCUGCCCCCAGCUCCCAUAGCAGUCUAGCCCCACUGGGGCCCUCAAGAGGGAAAGGCUUUGGUUCUACUUAUGAGAGCUUCAGGAUCAACAUUCCUGGGAACACAGCACACUGUAGCCAACUGUCCAGCCCCGGUUUCUGUAACACGUUCCGGCCGGUGGAUGAUAAGGUGCAGAGGAAGGAGAACCCUUUGCCCCUCUUCUCCAUCAAGAAGCCAAAGCAACUCAAGAGUGAAAUCUAUGACCCCUUUGAUCCCACUGGCUCGGACUCCAGCCCACCCAGCAGUAGUCCAGAGAGCCUUGGCUCAGGCCUCUUGCCAUCUGAGAUCACAAGAACUAUCUCCAUUAACAGUCCAAAGGCUCCAGCCUUCCAGACUGUGCGCUGUGUCACCUCCUACAGAGUCGAAAAUGUCUUUGGAACUGAAUUAGAACCUGAGUCCCAGCCUUCUGAUGAGCCCUUGUCUGGCAUGCUCAAGUUUCUGGACAAGGAACCUGCUGAGGGAACCUCUGAUGUGGAGCGAGAUGGACUGGGUGAGGUGGAGCCCACAGAGAGCCAGGCUUCCAUGGCCCGAACACAGAGAACAUCACCACCAUACCCCUGGGAUGAUGAGGAUGGAGCAUCCUGUACCCCCUUCUUUGGCUCUGAGGAGCGGACCGUGACAUGUGUGACUGUCGUGGAGUCCAAUGCUACACUCAGUCCAGACACUCCACAGGCAACGACCCACAGGAUUGUGGAGCUAAGGGCCCCAUCCCGCUCCCGCUCCCGCUCCCAUUCCAGCUCCCGCAGCAGAAAGAAAACUAAGAGGAAGAAGGCUGCCAGGGAGCACCAAAGGACACGCUCCAGCACUCGCUCUGGCUCCAGGGACAGGUCCUCACAUUCAGUCUCACCAGUGGUUGAAGAGUACACCAAGAGGCACAAGGCUAAGGCCAAGAGCUGGAGGUCUUCUAGUGACCAUGCUAGUAGUCAGGAGAAAGCAAAGAGGAGGAAGGCCAAGGACAGGGACAGAGACCGGAGGCGCAGCCCUUGGGGUCGGGGUAGGAAGAAGUCCAGAUCUCGCUCAGGAAGUCCAGGAAGCUCUUCCUGUGAACACCAUGAAAGGAGAAAGAAGAGGCGACACUCACGGUCCAGAUCUCGGGGCAGAAACUGCUCCCCCUUUAGCAGCCUCGAGAGGGCCCGGAGGCAUAAGCACCGGGAGCGGGAGCGGAGCCAUGAGCGUCUAGACAAGGAGAGCACAACCAGGUCCCGAGAGAGGAGGCGGCGGAGGUCUCGGUCACCCAGUUCAGAGCACAGGCCACGGAGGCCCCAUUCCCGAGAGAAACGGCCCCGCUCCCCAGAGAAGAAGGGAGCUGUGAAGGAGGCUUCCCCGGCCCCUGCUUCACAGGGAGGACCAAAGCAGGAGGGAGAGCCAAAGCAGGAGGGAGAGCCAAAGCAGGAGGGAGAGCCAAAGCAGGAAGAUCACCCUGCCAGGCCUCCAGUUCUAGAAGUGGGUGUCUUGCCAGAGGUGGAUGUGGCUACCCCUAACCCCCCUCAGGUACCCCCUGUCCUGGCAAUGUCCGAUGAGUGUCAUGUGCCUGAAGACAUAGACUAUGGAGACUCAGUGGAGGCAGGCCACAUCUUCGAGGACUUUUCAAGUGAAGCCAUCUUCAUUCAGCUUGAUGACAUGAGCUCACCACCUUCCCCUGAGAGUACAGACUCCUCCCCAGAGCGAGACUUUCCACCAAAUCCCAUGGUGCUCCCAGCCAGCCAACCACAGGACACCACCUUGGCUGCCAUCCAGAGGGAGGUGUCACUGAUCCACAGUGAAGACAUCUCACAGCCCACACCCCAGGCAGAGGGCCCCUCAGCACAGUUCCUGCCUAGACAGGAUGAUGCCACAGAGACCACCACUAUAACUCCCGGCACCCUAGGUGCGGUGCCCAUGGAGAAGGACAUCCCCUCACUGAGUGGGAGGGGUUAUGAGGCAGGCAAACCUGAGGAGGCUGUAGCCCAGGUCCCCCUUCUACGGUCCAGAGGCCUGGUGAAGAGAGUCACCUGGAACCUUCAAGAGGCAGAGGGCAGUACCCCAGCCCUGGACAGAGUCCCAAGGACACCACUUCAGAGGCCACAGAAGCCCCAGGAAGGAAACUGGGAAGCAGAGGAUGGGGCCCUCAUGGGGAUCCAGCAAGCACCAUUCUCUGAGCUACCCCAUCCCAGCCACAUGUUCCUGGAGCCUGGCUUACCUGACACAGACCCCUCUCAGGUUUACAGCCCCAACAUGCCACCCACCCUGGCUCAGCCCUCAAGCAUCCUGCCCUAUGCACUGGUCAGCCAGCCAUCAGUCCAGUUAAUCCUGCAGGGGAGCCUUCCCCUGGCAGGCUGCAGCACAACACAGAGUCUGGUCCCAGUGCCCACCAUGCUGGCCACGGCCUCAGAGGUGGGUGGUCCAGUCACCACCAACAACACAGAAGAAAAGAUUGCUACCCCCAAGCCAGCCGCUGAGAAGACCAAGAAGGAGGAGUACUUGAAGAAGCUGCACAUGCAGGAGCGGGCUGUGGAGGAGGUGAAGCUGGCCAUCAAGCCCUUCUACCAGAAGAGGGAGGUAACCAAGGAGGAGUAUAAGGACAUCCUGCGCAAAGCCGUGCAGAAGAUAUGCCACAGCAAGAGUGGUGAGAUCAACCCUGUGAAGGUAGCCAACUUGGUGAAGGCCUACGUGGACAAGUACAGGCACAUGCGCAAGUACAAGAAGGCAGAGGCUGGAGAAGAGCCGCCCACCCAGGGCACAGAAGCUUGAGGCUGGCCACUGUGGACAAAGCAUCCCCAGUGGGAAAGAACUGGGACCACCAGCAUUCCUGCCUCAGAGGCUCCUGUGAUGACACCUGUCUUGCUUACAGUUGAAAGCUGGACUUUUUUAUAUGUAUAUUAUAGAUAACAGUUUCCAUUGUGUUCUAAUUUAUCAAAAAUGGCUUAUCUUUAGAAA